GUGACAAUGCAUGUCGUGUUAACAACGGAGGCUGCAGCACUCUUUGUUUAGCCAUUCCAGGAGGCAGAGUUUGUGCCUGUGCAGAUAAUCAGCUUUUGGAGGAAAAUAGUACAACCUGCAGGAUUAAGCACGGGGAGGAGCUACCCCAGCUGUGCACAGCUGAGCAGUUCCAGUGUGCCAACAGGCGCUGCAUCCAGGACCGCUGGCGCUGCGACGGGGACGACGACUGCCUGGAUGGCAGUGACGAGCAGUCUGACAUUUGCUUAAACCAUAGUUGUCCUGAUGAUCAGUUUAAGUGCCAAAACAAUCGCUGCAUUCCCAAGAGAUGGCUGUGUGAUGGAGCCAAUGACUGUGGCAAUAAUGAAGAUGAAGCAAAUAAAACCUGUGCAGCAAGAACGUGUCAGGUUGACCAGUUUUCUUGUGGGAAUGGCCGCUGCAUUCCAACGUCCUGGCUGUGUGACAGGGAGGAUGACUGUGGGGAUGAGACCGAUGAAAUGACAUCCUGUGAUGAUGACUGUGGGGAUGGAAGUGAUGAACUUGGCUGCAUUCACUCGUGUUCUGCUGAGCAGUUCAGGUGCUACAAUGGCAGAUGUAUCCCGAGCCACUGGGCGUGUGAUGGUGACAAUGACUGUGGAGAUUUCAGUGAUGAAACCAGAACAAAUUGCAGCAAGGAAGAAACCCCUUCUCCUGGAAGAUGCAAUGGGAGGGAGUUUCAGUGCAGUCCUGAUGGGAACUGUGUUCCCGAGCUGUGGCGCUGUGAUGGGGAAAAGGACUGUGAAGAUGGCAGUGAUGAAAAAGGCUGUAAUGGAACCAUACGACUCUGUGAUGAAAAAACAAAGUUCUCCUGCAAGAGUACAGGGAGAUGCAUUAGCAAGGCGUGGCUGUGUGAUGGCGAUAUUGAUUGUGAGGAUCAGUCUGAUGAGGAUAAUUGCGAGGGCUAUUUGUGUGGACCACCAAAAUACCCUUGUGCUAAUGAUACCUCCAUCUGCCUACAGCCUGAGAAGCUCUGCAAUGGGAGAAGAGAUUGUCCUGAUGGAUCUGAUGAAGGCGAUCUUUGUGAUCCAUUUGAGGCUUUCAUAAUUUUUUCUAUUCGACAUGAGAUCAGAAAAAUUGAUCUUCACAAACGUGACUACAGCCUCUUAGUUCCUGGUUUAAGAAAUACCAUAGCACUUGAUUUUCAUUUCAGUCAGAGUUUACUGUACUGGACAGAUGUGGUAGAGGACAAAAUUUACAGAGGCAAGCUCUCUGAUACUGGAGGUGUUAGUGCCAUUGAGGUGGUGGUACAACAUGGCCUGGCCACACCUGAAGGUCUUACUGUAGACUGGAUUGCAGGAAACAUAUAUUGGAUCGACAGCAAUUUGGACCAAAUUGAAGUAGCAAAAUUAGAUGGCACUUUAAGAACAACGUUAAUAGCAGGAGCUAUGGAACAUCCACGGGCUAUUGCUUUGGAUCCCAGAUAUGGAAUUCUGUUUUGGACAGACUGGGAUGCAAAUUUUCCUCGCAUUGAAUCCGCUUCCAUGAGCGGAGCAGAAAGAAAGAUCAUAUAUAAAGAUAUGGAUACUGGAGCCUGGCCUAAUGGCCUUACUGUAGAUCACUUUGAAAAAAGAAUAGUAUGGACAGACGCCAGAUCGGAUGCCAUUUAUUCUGCAUUGUAUGAUGGAACCAGCAUGAUAGAGAUUAUACGGGGUCAUGAAUAUCUUUCUCACCCUUUUGCUGUUUCUUUGUAUGGGAGUGAAGUCUAUUGGACAGACUGGCGGACCAAUACACUUGCAAAAGCCAAUAAAUGGACUGGCCAAAAUGUCAGUGUAAUACAAAAAACAAGUGCUCAGCCAUUUGAUCUUCAGAUAUAUCAUCCAAGUCGUCAGCCACAAG